AUGAAUGGAAUUCUGACUGUUUAUGGUUUCCAUGGUUGGAAGGGUGCGUUGGUCCAGUCAGAGCAGCGUGUAUGUGAGCUGUCCCAGGCUCUGGCCCACAGCGAGGAGCAGCUGAGCCAGCUGCAGAGACACUCCCACAGCCAGAGCUUGCAGCUGCAGAAGCUCCAUGAAGUCCGCGUGCAGCUCAACAGCAUGAUGGAGAUGAACGAGUUCCUACAGAUGGAGAACGAUAUGGCCAGGGAGCAGGUGGUGGAGAGCGAGGGGACCCUCCGGGCUAACCUACAGGGGCUCAGGGAGAGGAACAUCCAGUGUGAGGACCUCAAAGGAGCCCUCAGCCACCUCCACGCUGAGAGGGAGGCUUUGCAGGCAGAGCUGGAGGACAGUAAGGCCAGAGCCCAGUCGGUCCAAUUGGACCUGGUAGAGCAGCUAGCCCAGGCUGUUACUGACAUCACCCUGUUACACCACACACUGAGACAACUGACCAACGAUGUUCACACUGCUCUGACCACCAAGAAGCCAGAGGUCUGUGGUAAAGACGAGGUGUCCCAGCCCUCCCUCCCUGUCGAACGUCAUCCCUCCACCUCCUUCGUGGAUAGCAUCAUGGUGGCCAUCACCACUGACCUGGCACAGGCCAAUGACACACAGCCCCCCUUGGACAUGACAGAGGAACCACAAGCUGAAGGGUUGGGCAGCGAGACCAGCGCCUUCACUCGCCUCGCCCCCAUCACUCCUAAGAAGUGUCAAGUGGUGCCUCCAGAGGAGGAGCAGAGUAGUGUGGUGGAGCUGCUAGCAGACCUGGCUAACACAGUCUCUGAGCUCAGCUCCACCAUCACACAGCUACGACAGAGCAAGGACACCGAGCAGGAGGCACUGAACAACACCAUCUGUAGGCUGCAGGGGGAGCAGCAGGCCCAGGCCCACAGACACAGGGCUGAGGUGUCGGAGCUGAGGAGCCAGCUGAGCCGUCUCCAGAACCAGCUAGGCCGGGACCAGGUGACUCUACAGAACAAGGCCCAGGAGGUUGACACUAUGAAGAGGAUCUGCAGUGAAGUGAAUGAGGCCAGGGAGUUUCUUUACAAGCACAAAUCUGAGAACAAAGAGCUGCGUAGGGAGGUGGCAGACCUGCGCCGUUCACUGCACCAAUCACAGGUAGAGUCCCAGGCUCUAAGGGACGAGCUAAGAAAGACCGGCAACCAAUCAGCACACAGCAUGCAUUCCAUGGACGACAAGAUCCGCCUACUGAAAGAGGUGGAAAGACUAAAGAGGACUCUGUUGGAAGCUGAGGAAGGAAGAGCAAAGCUUCUGGAGAGAGCCAAGAGACAUCAAAUGAUCCAUGACACCAACCAGAAGAAAGUGGAGAAGGAACUUCGAGUCCUUGACGAUAUGAUUGAGACUGUCAGAAAGACUUUGUCUUCUGUUCCUGACGUUGUCAAGAACUGCAAGGAACUCAAGACUCUAGUCGAAUAUCUUGGUUAAUGUCAUAUUGAAAACUGUAGUUUUAAUCAGUUCUGUUUUUUAAAGCGUUUUCUUAAACCUAUUUGUACAAACAAAAUAAUCUGGAAACACGUCUGAGUAGUUUUGAUGGAAUUGAUUUAUGUUAACGUAUUGUGAACGUUUACAGCGUUACAAUAUACAGCCGAACACUUCUGCAAUUGCAAACGGUAUCAAAUCUAGUCAUCUUAAUAUUACAGAGUGUUCUGGUUUGAUAGACUUGGAACACUCAAUGAAAUGAUUCCAACCGCUCUCCACUAAGUGAGUUCAAAAACAAAAUUCUAAACUUGAACAGAAUGGAGUUGGUUUGAAAUGUUUCUGGGGUUUCCAUGAAAGUACAUUCACACAUUGUAUUUAUUAUGUACAGUUUACCAGUACAAGAAUGGCUUUACAUCAAUGUUACUCUCACUUUUAUACAUUACUGGAUUGAUGGAUUGACAUUACAAUGAUGUAAAGUGGAUUUCAUUUUGGGUGUAAAAAAAAACGAACAUCUCCAAAGAUAUAUUUUUCAAUGAUUUAUAAUUUGUCAGCCCACUGACAACUACAGACGCCUUGUUAAGUGUUGACAGAGCAUGCAGUUAUAACCUAAUUGGUGGUUGGCAAAAUCGAUGAUGUAUUACAACGGUUUCAUAAAUCUUUCGACAAGUAAAAUCAUA